AAGGAAGGAAGUUUUGGUGUCAUAUAUUGCUACCUAGCUUUGGCUAGAAGCCCAGAAGUAAAAAGCUAGUACAGAGGAAAUUUCCUAGCAGUUUCGGUGAAAUAUCUUUCAAUCGUUCAAAAAGUAAGCGAUUCAGGGGCCACCAUUAUUGCUUUCACCCACUGUUCAAAAUGAAGCAUGCCGUAUGAAGUGACUUAUCAAUCUUAUAGCAAGGCACCUUACACAUUUAUCAAGUUAAUGCAAGUUUGGUCCACUUCAUUGGCUAUGAUACCUAGUACAGCUUUCAACUGUAACUUGGUCUCGGACCUCUUAGCCAUUGACUCAGACUUUGAAAGAUUGCAGCUACAAAACAUUUUGUUAAGACUUCAUUACAAACGGAACCUCCCUCAAACCCAAGUGUUUAGAACACAUUCUCAACUAGAUCUAAAGACGGAUCCACUGUUAUACUGUUCAUUCUACAGUGACAUCCGGGAUUGUCGAUUUUGCCCUUUCUAUUUCCCAUAAUUACAAGCUGCCAUUCUCUCCUUUUUUCUGGAAGCGUCCAUCUACACCGACAGAGGCUUUUGUCUACAUCAGCAUCCAUCAAAUCCAAUUCCAAAGCCACCAUCUUUGCUGCAUAAUCAAGUUCAGAAGCACAACCAUUCAUCCAGAGAGAUCAAUUAUCAAGAACGAUUGAGAGAGAGAGAGGUACCGUCUGUUUCUCCAAUUCAGACCAGAAACGACUCCAGCUCUGUUUUCGCAAUCCAAGAGAAAGAAAGAAAAUCUAUUUCUAAACGACUCCAAUCGUCUUCUUCAGCUUACAAGUGAUGGAAUCUACGAGCACAACGAAACGGGUCAAAAGAUUGUUGGAAGGAGGAUGUAAAUCUAAUCAAUUUGAUCAAGUUAAUUCGAAGAGAUGGAAAAGAAUGUUUGAGGAACAAGUAGUCGAAGGAUCGAGUACAGUUGGAAAUGAAGAUGCGUUUGCGAUGCUGGCAGCUUCUGCAAUGACCAUGAAAUGAUGCUCCUACGAGAUCUACAGAGAUUGGAAGCAGUUCUAUAGGUUUCAAGAGUACAUCUACAGUGACAUGUCGGUUCUGCCCUUAGAUUUUUCCCACAAUUUCACGCUGCCAUUGGUGUAUAAAUCUGUCAGGUCUCGAAGCUUCUAUCAACUCCCAGACGAUGAACUGAGCCACCAAGAUCAAUGGCGAUUCCGCCAUUCCUUCCCCCUCUAUAUAUAACCAAAAUCUCUGAGUCUUGGUUUCUUCAGGAAGCCUCUGUCAACGCCCGUCUUCAUUGUUUCACAACAUCAAACGCAGCCAUCAAAAUCAACAGCAGUGAAAGCCUGGGUCACCCAGCUGAGUUGGCUCAUAAUAAGAAAGUCCAGAAUCUGCAUUUGGGGAAUGAUGUGGAUCACUAGAUGGUCAGAUCUGAAGUACAUUCUUUUGGAACUGAAGGAAUGAAAAAAGAUGGACAACAAAUCCUGCUAGCAGAUAAAGAUUGAGUAUAUACUCUUCUGUGCGAGUGACAUCAAGUUGUUAUGGAUACUAGCUAUGUUGUCAAGUUUAUUUAUUCUGGUGAAGCAGCGACAGUUCCAUUGUUGCAUAAUUGGUCGUUUGUUGACCUAUGCAAUUCCAUACGCUCUCGUUUUCCGGAUUUGAUUCAAGGCAAUUUCAUGUUGAGGUACAUUAUUCCUCCGGAUUCUACUUCAUGUUUUCUAGAGAGUGAAGUUGAUAUGAGAAUGAUUUUUAGGAAUUUGGUUCGUUACAAUUCUGAUUUUGUUGAAGUGUUUGUGACUGAUUUGCCUUCUAUUAGUGAAAGUGUGGUGAGUAACACAGUGUGUGAGGAUUCUAGUACCAUGCUUGAGGAGAAUGAUUAUUUGGGGUGUUAUAGGGCAGAGGCACCGAAGAGUUAUAUGACAAAAGGUUGGGAGAGUUAUAUUCAUUCUGAAGGCCAAAAGUUUGAGGGUGGGGUUGUUGAGUUUAGGGAUAAGCUGCGUAAGUAUGCUAUAGAAAUUGGCUUUUCAUAUGAGUUUGUUAGAAAUGACAAGGUUCGUGUUAUUGCUCAGUGUUCUAAGAAACAUUCUCAAGGCUGCAAUUGGCUGGUGAAGGCUUAUUUAUGUAGGGCUAAUGGUUUCUUUAUGAUUAAAAGGUUGGUUAAUGUUCACACUUGUCAUGGUGUGAUUCGUUUGCAGAAGAGUAAGAUGAUGGGAUCCAAGGUUGUCAAGUCUAUUGUGCUUGAUAAGAUUCGUGCCAAUCCAAACAAAAAGCCAAUUGAUAUAGCUGAUGAGAUCAAGAGUGAUUAUGGUUUGGAUGUUGCUUAUCGUACAGUUUGGUAUGGUACGGAGUUGGCAAAAACAGCCCUACAUGGUGAUGAAGCUGAGUCUUAUGCUCAGCUACUUUGGUUCAGUGAGUCUGUUAUGAAGUCAAACCCCGACUCUAGGAUAGUGGUUGAGUUUCAUCGAGAAACACACAGGUUUCAGCGUAUGUUUGUGAGCUAUGGUGCAUGGAUGAAGGGUUUUCAAUCUUGUAGACCUAUUCUUUUCAUUGAUGCUACAUUCAUCACCAACAAGUACAAGGGGCAGAUUAUUGCUGCAUCGGCAAAGGAUGCCAAUCAAGUUGCUUAUGCUAUUGUGGAUUCUGAAAAUGAGAGUAAUUGGAGAUUUUUUCUUGAGGUUUUGGCUGAAGAGUUUGCAAAACACCCUAUGAGGAGGGUGACAUUCAUUUCUGAUCGUCAUGUUGGGCUUGUUAGUGCUUUCCCUAGAGUGUUUCCUAAUAAUCCACAUGGGUUUUGUUUUAGACACCUGAUGUCUAACCUUUCUGACAAAUUUCCAGCUGGAUCUUACCUCAAGGAUCGGAUUCCUUACUUGUUUAUGUGUUGUGCUUAUUCUCGCACACCGGAGAUGUAUGAGUUCAACAUGGAAAUCUUGAGGAGUGAAGGCGGUGACAUAGUUGCUCAAUUUCUGGAAGAUCUUCCCAAGGAGAACUGGUGUAUGGCUUACUUUAAUGGUGAAAGAUUUGGUGAAAUGACAAAUAACUUGGCUGAGUCUUUCAAUAAUUGGGUGUUGCCUUUGAAGAGUCUUCCUAUUCUUGAUAUUAAUGAUGGCAUUAGAGUGAAGUCCAUGGCUUCAAUUGCUGCUCGGAAGCAGGAUGCUCAUGAAUGGUUGUCUGAGUUGUGCCCAGUGAUUGAAAAGAAGCUGAAGGACAAUUUGGAAGUCGGAAGGCAUUGGAGAGUGAGCAGGUCUGAUACCUAUGUGUAUGAAGUUCACUGCCAAAAGUACAAUAGCAUGGUAAAUUUGGAAACUCGGUUUUGUUCGUGUGGAGAAUGGCAGCUGUAUGGUUUCCCAUGUUCCCAUGCACUUGUAGUGAUCCAACAACAUGGUUCUUCCCCGUAUUUGUAUGUCAAUGAGCUGUACAAGGUGGAUAAAUAUCGAGAAACUUAUUCUUUCCCAAUUAAUCCUCUUCCCUCUAUUUCGAAGCAAGUGCAUGAUUUUGGUAGAGAUGCUGUGAUCUUGCAGCCGCCUUUGACUAGAAGACCACCGGGAAGGCCUAGAAAGAAGAGGUUCAGAAAAAGGAGCGAGAAAACCAGGGUGAUCAAGUGUGGUAGGUGUGGAAAAUGUGAUGGUCACAACAGAAAGAGUUGUACAGCUCCGAUAUAGGUUCAAUUCUGCCUACAUGCCUUUAACAGUGACAUGGCAAGUGACAUAGCAAGUGACUCCAAUACAGUUUGAAUAUUUGUUUUGAUUUUUCAUUUUUUUCAAUAAAUGAUAAGAAGUGCUUGUAAGGUGCUUACUCAUUGGAAUUUUUUUUUUUGACUAUGAGACAGUUUUUCUGUUUUCUUCUUUUAUAAAUCCUUCAGUAUUCUUUGUGUCUACAGGUUUUAAUAGUUACAUGUACAGUGACAUAACCAUUUGUAAACUAAUUGACUUGUCCAUUGACAUUAGUUUUUAGUUAUCUUGUCGGUGACUUGUUC